UCUGAGUGAUGCCUCUCUCAUCUCUCUCUCAGUCAAUAAUGAACUGGAGACUCCUGGUUUUCGGUACUGUGUGGUUGUUGGUUCUGGUUGAGGAUGCUUUCGUAAACGGGAAGCGCAAUGCGAAAACAGCGACUUUCUUUCGGGCUCCCCGCGCUCACCGGAGACGCACCCGGGACACCUGGACGGGACAAUCGGGUUUCACAGUAUGCAAGUCAGCACUGUCUCAAAAAGACCGAGCAUUGCUGCUCAGCCAUACACACGAGACAGGGUUUCAUGGUGAUGAUGGAUCCAGUUUUACCCUCACGUGGGUUGGAGAUGGAACUGGGGUUAUUCUGGUCCUUUCCACACUCAGCGCGCCAUCAGACUCAUUUUAUGAAGGUGGUUCCUCACGUCUUUACAGGAGUCAAGACUAUGGAAAAUCUUUCCAUGAUAUCUCCCAAGCCAUCAACAACACAUUUAUAAAGAAAGACUUUGGGAUAAGUGCAGGACCUGGGAACCCUCAACAGGUGAUUCUGACAGCCAACCUCCCUUUUACUGAGACAACAGGAGGACUCAUUUUUACCUCAAUGGAUGCUGGUGUGACAUUCAGAUCAGUGAAGCUUCCAUUCCACCCAGCACAGGCCAUUCAGUUCCAUUACCAGGACCCAAAAUAUCUUGUGGUCAUCAGCAUUGAUGAUGAGCUAUGGCUGUCACAAAACUUUGGGAAGAGAUGGUCUCAUGUUCAUGAAGGAGUUCACACAUUCACAUGGGGAUCUGGAAUCACUCUCUUUUUCAGUUCCAGCCCAAAAGGAACAGUCGAGGCAGCCAGACGAGGCGAGCUCAUUCUGCGGCGAACACAGGAUUUAGGCAAAACGUUCACUACCAUCGCCAAAAACAUCUUCUCCUUCGGAUACAUCGGCGGGUUCCUGUUUACCUCUGUCAUGGAAAAACUGGGCUCUCCUCGUAUUAUCUACGUGUCCUCAGACCAGGGUGACAAUUUUAAUAAAGCACAGCUGCCCUCAGCCACCACAGAACAGUUCUACUCAGUUUUGGAUGGUGAUGAGGAUAUGAUCUUCAUGCAUGUGGACAACCCUGGAGAAGACACGUAUUUUGGGACAAUCUACACAUCUGAUGAUCGUGGCAUCCUGUACUCCAAGUCUCUGGAGCGCCAUCUGUUUGGUGGGGAUGGGAAGAGCGAUUUCACUAAUGUGACAUCUCUGAGAGGGGUCUAUCUUACCAACAUACUGGAGGAGGAUGGACGUAUUCGUUCAGUCAUUUCAUUUGACAGAGGUGGACAGUGGCGAUUUCUGAAGAAGCCUGAGAAUGUGGAUUGUCCAGAGAUAUCAAAGAAGUGUAACUUGCACAUCCACGGCGAGCACAGUCAUUUCAGUGGAAUCACUCCCAUGCUGCCUCUCUCAGAGCCUACCGCUACUGGACUGGUCAUCGCUCAUGGUGGUGUUGGGGACUCCAUUUCAGCCACCCGUCCGGACGUGUACGUGUCUGGGGAUGGAGGCUAUACCUGGUGGGGGACAUUGAGAGGACCACACCAUUACAGCAUUCUGGACUCUGGAGGACUGAUAGUGGCCGUGGAGGCCCAUAGAGACAGACAGAUCAGCUCUAUGAAGUUUUCCACAGAUGAGGGCCAGUGUUGGAACAUAUUCAAUUUCACAGAUCACCCAAUCUUCUUGGCAGGCCUAGCAUCAGAGCCAGGCACUAAAACAAUGAAUAUCAGCAUUUUUGGUUACCGUCCAGAUGAUGACGAUCAGCCCAUGUGGGUGGCAGUCACCAUAGACUUUGAGCACUUGCUAACCAGAGAGUGUGGUGAUCAAGACUAUGUUAAUUGGUUGGCUCACUCUGAAUAUGGAAGUGACUCAGAAACGGAUGGAUGUGUCCUGGGCUACAAGGAGACAUUUAGAAGAUUGAAGAAACUGUCAGCCUGUAGAAAUGGGAGAGGCUAUGUAGUCAGCAGGCAGCAGAGACCUUGCCCUUGCACCAAAGAAGACUAUAUGUGUGACUAUGGUUUCUAUCGACAUGAAAACACCUCAGAGUGUCUGCCACAGUCUGACUUCCUGAAUCACACCCUGGAAAUGUGCUUACAUGGGGAGCUAGAGGAUCUUCGGACAACAGGGUAUCGGAAGAUUCCCGCCGAUAAAUGUGAGGGUGGUUUCAGUCCUUCGAGGAGAGAAGGUGCUGGCAAAAAGCAUUGCGAGGACCUCAGCCCAUCUCCUUCCUCAAGUCCGCAGAGAUCAAAGGGCAUACUGGCUCUUAUUGUAGUGUGUACUUGUGUGGGGAUCAUAGGUUUGGUAAUAGCAGCAGCAUUAAUCAUCACUUCAAGAAAAAUAAACUGUAGGCAAAGGUUACCCGAGUAUCGGUUCUCUGCGCUGCAACUCCAAGAAGAUGAUCUGUGUGUUACCAAUGAAAGCAGCCCCAGUAGUAAACUGCACAGUUUCCAGAACCAGGACGACUCGGAUGAUGAUCUUAUUGAAUGAGCAAUAUUUAAAAUAUGGCAACUCUUCAGGCUUUGCAGACAGGUGUGAAUUGCUUCUGAUGGAUCUUGAACUGGAAUGGUUUCAGUGCUCUGGGCUAAGACAGCAUAGACAGUAAUCACUUGGAAAUAACUGCAUCUUUUCAAUCGGAGCUAAGUGAUUUAUUGCUACAAUUGGGUUCUUGUUAUUCUAUGAAAUGUCUUAUGCAGGGAUCUGUACAAGUAUAAGUGCUAUUACUUUCACCCACUGUCUUUUGCACUGGGGUUUUUUAUAUCCCAUCAGGCUUGGCUGGAUAUCCUUCUGAAACUCUGCCAUAAUUUUACUGUGUGAUUUCAA